AUGAUCUGGUACCUCCUCUACCCUUUCAGAGGAACUACCGAAGCUCCUGUACUCGGCCCCGGCCAUCCUCUGCGGGAUGCCUGCACGCGAUAUGGCAGAUACGCUGCGCGCCAUGUCAUUACCACACUCUUGAUAUCCGUGACCGUUGCGUCGAUACUGAUAUACCCUUUCCCCUUUCUCUACACCACCGACUUUACCAAUGGCGCCUCCGGUCUCCCCCACCACGUCUGGACCGAUGCCCAACCGCUCGAGGAGAAGCGCGGGCUCGAGCCCGAUGUGAUAAUGCGCUACAUCUGGGUGCAUGGCGAUUAUAUGCGAGCCCUCGACCGCGACAUCCUCCUAGGCGCCCUUGAACUGCAGAACGAACUCUUGGGACCGACGGUCAACUUCAGCCCUCGCCGGCUCUCCGAGCCGCUUGAUGUGGUAGACCUCUCCGACACAACUGCCCUCGACCUGAACCCACAACAGCGAGAUGCUUUUCACAUCAUCAAUGGCCUGACCGACGAGUCGUGGUUCUUCCACUCGCCUUUGCUCUACUGGUCCUGUGACGAGGACAAGGUGCUCUCUGAUCACGAUCUUCUUGCCACUGUGAAUGCCAGGAAGACUCAGCCAACAUCCGUCAACGUCACGCUGCGACACUCGAUCGUCUUCAGCGGGAAACGCUUCGAGGACCGGAGCCUGGUCGCGGCCGAUUCUCUUGUCAUCACCCUCAUUCACCGGCGCCAUUCGCCGGUGGGCCGCAUAUGGGAGGCGAAGUGCAAGGAACUCGCCUCCAAGAUGGCUGACAAAUGGGAUGUGUAUCCCUCAGACGGCUCUGGCACCCGCAGCCAACUCUAUGAGUUCCAAUUUCGGCCCAUGUCGAUUCCAGACGGCAUCGCACUGGGCGUCGCUUACUUGCUUACCUUCGUCUACUUUGUCGUCAGCUUGAACAAGCUACGCGCUGUCAAGUCCAAGAUAGGGCUGGUCAUUACCGUCAUGGCCCAGUUGGCAUUGUCCAUACUGUCGAGUUUCACCAUCUGCGCCAUAUUCAAGAUCGAUCUUUCCAAGAUCCCGCGCCUAGCCUAUCCCGUUGUAAUAUUCUCCAUGAGUCUUGAAAAUGUGUUCAGACUCAUCAACGCAGUCAUCCUCACCCCGUCGGAGAACAGUACCAGCAACCGCAUCGGCCAUGCCUUUGGCAAUACGGCCCACGUUGCCUUGGCGAGUGUUGCCCAGAAUCUUCUCAUCCUAUGGGGGCUUUCCCAUAUCGUGUCUCCAGGAGUACAAGCAUUCUGCACGUUUGCAGCAAUCGCCAUUAUAUUUGACUUUUUCUACCUCGCGACCUUCUUCCUGUCGGUCUUAAGUGUGGAUGUACGUCGUACCGAGCUCAGCGACGCUCUGGCCAAGGCAUCCAUUCGCAAUCAUCGGACGCCUGCAGAAGCCAAGGCAAGGCAAACGUGGCUGGACGCGAUGCUGCAGGGCAAAAUUGCCAUGUCAACACGGAUCGCCGGUACUAUCGUUAUGAUUGGCUUCGUUCUGAUUGCGCAGUGGCACUUUUUCGAAAACGAGAGUCUACUACGGACCUUGGGCCGAAUCACCGCCAUAUCUAAGAAAUAUAAGGAUUUUGGACCCCCAAAAUCCUCACUGUUGGUCGAUAUUCAUCAAGCAAGGAGUCCGACUUCAUGGCUGAGACUUCAAGACCAUGAGACGGCCAAGGAGGUGAUCCACGUCAUCAAACCAAAUGCUCACAGUUACAUGGCCCGGGUAUUCGAUCCCGUAGUUUUCGUCAAGAAGGGCGCAGACCGAAUGCUAUCCACUAGGGAGCGCCCUUUCCUCCCGGCUGUCUACGACUUUAUACGACACCAGUCGACUCCGUUUGUCGUCAUAGUCCUCGUCAUUGGUGCUGCUGUGCGUAUCUUGAUGAACUACCUAUUAUUUGACGAGCUAGCAGAGUCGACACCGCCUGCUGCUGCUGAGGAGGAGCACUUACUCACAAUCCAAACUCUGGGCAAGGGUCACUCUCUUGAUGUCGUCGCACUUUCGGCUUCGUCCGAUGGCCACAUCGUUUCGGUUGGUCUGGACCGGAUUGUCAGAGUAUGGGAUGUAAAGGCUGGCGGCGCGAGUUAUGCUCUCAUGGGAAACAAUGAGGUCGAUAUCAUCUUUCCUAUUCUAGCCAUGUGUAUCGACGAUGAUUCUCGAUGGCUGGCACUGCUCAUGACAGGAACUGUAUUGUUUUGGGACUUACAAAAGCAGCAAUGGGGACCAUCCGUUCCUGUUGAACCAUUCCGACAUCGACCAGAGGCCUUUCUUUUCGCCGCCGGUGAGGCAGAAGCUGUCCAUCCGGUCCUGCUUCUUCGACGCGAUGGUACGAUGACAGAAAUCAGGCCAGAAAAAGGAGAGACCGAUAGUUAUCUAGUUUCUGAUGACAGCACCAUCGUCUCUGUCGGUGCUCUUGUCGAGAAAGCAAAAUUCACAACGAAAGUUAUGACUUCGUCCCGUGAUGGCCAAGUUCAUUGCCUGAGUCAAGAUGCUUCGGGCUGGAACUGUAAUGCGGUUGACAUACCGCGACCAAGAGACAAGGAGUUCAUGUCAAUUGUGGCCCUACCAGAGAUUGGUUUCAUCCUUGUUGUGCGGGUCCAAUCUAUUGACUUGGUUGAUGCUGCGACUUAUUCUGCAAUACACUCCUUCAAAACCGACCCGAUAAUGCCGAAAACGUUGAAGGCGUUCCAUUCUAAACGGAGAACAAUGCGGUGCGGCUCAGUAGGGCUGAAGUACUUAACAUUUGCCUACCUCAACGCAUUUACACGAGAUCUGGUGGUACAGACAUAUACCCCUCAGGACGAAGGGGCCUCAAUUUGUUUCCGUGCCCCAGGACAACCAGUCAGCAAAACGUGUUGCAGAUGGCCGGAGACUAAAGAGCUUCGAAGUGUUGUCAAGGACCCGGGCACUUGGGAAGCUCUUCCCUCAAGAGUCAUGCUGGGAGUAAGGAAGAAGCCAGCUCCCAAAGCACGAUUAGAGAAUGGCCAGGCCUUGCACAACACCAAUGGUGGCCUUCGUCGCCGCCGCCUAAGUCAUACCCAGACAGCCACUGUCGUUCGAACUACAGAUACAUGGGAAAUAUGGAUGCUAUCGCAAGCUGGAAAUGUGGAAACCUGGGAUACACUAUCACUCUGCCAGGAUUCGGACGAACACGAGCACUUGUUUGUCAAUAGCCCCGGCCCAAUGGUUCGAGUCGGCCGUGGGAGCGUGGCAGUCGGAUUGAGCAACGUCAUCAAAGUCAUCCUCGUAGGCCACGAAAGAUUUGAGACUGGUGAGGAGACUUCUGCGCUUGAAGAUGGCUUGGGCACGGUGAUGAGUCGAAGGCGUAAUAAGCCUUCGACUCUCAAGGGCAGGCCACCCAUUCUUCUUUAA